AUGGAGAGGCAAGAUGUGAUGAGGAGAUUAUGUUUGAGAUGGAAGACUGACAUAUCUCCUUCAAUUCAAAACAGAAUUGAGUGGGCCAAGGACCAACAAAGGUUUUGGAAACCUUUUCAUGCUGGGGGCUCUCAUUGGGAAGUGAGACAAUUGUAUGAGGCAUUUAAGGUAAAUGUGGAUGAAAAAACAUGUAGCUCCAGAAUGUGGGGACUUUCUGGUAUCCCAUGCCCACAUGCUUGUGCAGUUAUAUUCAAGAUCAACAAGAGACCUGAAGACUAUGUUCCUGGUUGGUUUAGAAGGGAGAAGUAUAUGCAGUUGUAUGAUAGCCAUAUCAUGCCAGUUGGUGGAAUGAGUACAUGGACCAUCAACACAAAAGACAAACCACUACCACCACAACCAAGGAAAAUGCCUGGAAGGCCAAAGAAGAAGGGCAGCACAUGA